GUUUGGAACAGUAGAAGAGGUAUAAAAAUUGCGUUUUCUAGUCAAGCACACAACGACCAGGUCUGCAGCACAUGGGGUAACUACCAUUUCAAGACCUUUGAUGGAGACAUCUUCCAGCUUCCGUCCAGCUGCAACUACAUCCUGGCUACUCAGUGUAAGAGCAGCUAUGAGGAUUACAACAUCCACAUGAGGCGGACAUUGGAAAAUGGCCUGCCAACCAUCAGCAAGAUCACCAUGAUGUUGCAGGGGAGCAGAGUCGAGCUGUCCGCAGGCAUUGUCAGUGUCUCGGACCAAAUUGUGAAACUACCAUAUGGUAAUUCAGGGAUUUUCAUCGAGAGAACAUCUUCUUACGUCAUAGUAAAGGCAAAACUGGGACUGUUACUCAUGUGGAAUGAAGAUGAUGCUGUUUUGGUUGAACUGGAUGCAAAGUACAAAAAUCAAACCUGUGGUCUCUGUGGCGACUUCAAUGGAGUCCCAGUGUACAAUGAGUUCAUCAUGAAUGGAGAUGUCCUGCCGCCAUCUACAUAUGGAAACAUCUGGAAGGUGGAUGGGCCAAAGGAAACAUGCGAGGAACAGACUUUGCAGGAAACACAAGAUUGUGGAGAUGAGAAUUUGUGCAGAGACAUGUUCUCAAGUGAUUCCUUCAGUGGCUGUCAGGAUGUGGUGUCAACUAAUACAUUCAUUCAAGUCUGCAUGGAGGACAUGUGCCACUGCAACACCUCUAAACCUUUCUGCUUGUGUGGUACCCUGGCUGAGUACUCCCGCCAGUGUGUCCACGCAGGAGGGAAGCCUGGCCAGUGGAGAUCUAACUCGUUCUGUCCUAAGUCAUGUCCUCAAAACAUGGUGCACCAGGAGUGUGGAAGCCCGUGUGUGGACACUUGCUCAAACCCUGACCGAGGACAGGUGUGUGAAGAGCACUGCAUGGAUGGAUGCUUCUGCCCACCAGAUACUGUCUUCGAUGACAUCAACAAAACUGGAUGUAUACCACUAAGCCAGUGCUCAUGUGUUCACAAUGGAAAAAUAUAUGCAUCUGGAGAAAAUUACACCAGUAGCUGUAAGGAAUGCACCUGUGUCGGAGGUCAGUGGGGCUGUCUGGAGUACGACUGCCCAGGAACAUGUACAGUGGAGGGGGGUUCUCACAUCACCACCAUGGAUGGAAAAGCCUACACUUUCCAUGGGGACUGCUCCUAUGUCCUCACUAAGCAUUGCUAUAGGGAUGAAUUCACUGUUCUUGGAGAUCUCGUGAAGUGUGGUUUAACUGACAGUGAGACCUGCCUAAAGACAGUGACUCUGGCUCUUUUUGGAGGGACUACUGUGGUUGAAGUACGCCAAAGUGGAAGUGUUCAUGUGAACAGAAUGUAUUCUCAGUUGCCACUAUAUACAGGAGACCUCAGCAUCUUCAAGCCAUCCUCCUUUUACAUUGUCAUUCAUACCAACAUUGGUCUCAGUUUGGAAAUCCAACUUGUACCAGUCAUGCAGGUUUACAUCAGUGCUGACCCCACAUUCCAGGGGCAGACUUGUGGACUGUGUGGGAACUUUAACAACAUGCAAGCUGAUGACUUCACCACCAUCAGUGGACUGAGAGAGGGCACUGCUGUGGACUUUGCCAACACCUGGAAGACAAGAGCUAGCUGUCCCGAUGUGAAGAGAAGCUUUGAAAAUCCCUGCAGUUUGAAUUUUGAAAAUGAGCGGUAUGCCCAAUACUGGUGCUCCAUGCUGACUGAUCCGGCAGGAGUUUUUUCUCCAUGCCACUCAGAGAUCAGCCCAGACAUCUACAAAACAAACUGCAUGUACGACAGCUGCAACUGUGAGAAGAGUGAGGACUGCAUGUGUGCUGCCCUCUCCUCCUAUGUGCAUGCAUGUGCAGCUAAAGGCACCCAGCUGAACGGGUGGAGAAACACGACCUGCAACAAAUACACCAACUCCUGCCCAAGCAACACAGUCUACUCCUACAGCAUGACAAGCUGUGGCCGUACCUGCCGUUCCAUCAGCCAGAAUGACUACUCGUGCAACAUUGACUUUGUGCCGGUAGAUGGCUGUGGCUGUAAGGAGGGCACAUAUAUGAAUGAGCAAGGGGACUGUGUGGCUGCUACAAGCUGCCCUUGCUAUGAUGCCAACACUGUGAUACCAUCCAGAGAGGUCAUAAGUAAAGAUGGAGCCACAUGCACAUGCAAACAAGGACAACUGCAGUGCAUUGGUAAACUGCAAGCCAUGUUAACGACAUGUCCUGAGCCCAUGGUGUACUUCAACUGCUCCUCUGCUGGCCCUGGAGCCAAAGGUUCAGAGUGCCAGAAGAGCUGCAACACCCUGGACAUGGCCUGUAUAAGCACAGAAUGUGUGUCGGGAUGCAUGUGCCCCACUGGCCUCGUCACUGAUGGGAAGGGUGGAUGUAUUAGCGAGAACGAUUGCCCCUGCACCCAUAAUAGCGUUCUACACCAGCCUGGAGACUCUAUCAAGGUUGACUGCAAUACCUGUGUUUGUAAGGAUAGAAAAUGGCAGUGCACUUUCAACCAGUGCCAUGGCACUUGUACCAUCUAUGGAGAUGGACAUUACAUCACUUUUGAUGAAAAACUCUACACAUUCAAUGGAGGCUGUGCAUACAUUCUUGCCCAGGAUUUCUGUUCCAACAACAAAGACAAUGGCACAUUCAGAGUCAUCACUGAGAAUAUCCCAUGUGGAACAACAGGCCCCACUUGUUCAAAGUCCAUCAAGAUUUUCUUGGGUAACACUGAGCUGAUACUGACGGACGGGAGUAACCAGGUGGUCCAAAGAGACUCGGGAGAGAAAAUACCCUACAAAACCCGCAUUAUGGGAAUCUACCUGGUCAUUGAAGCUGAUAACGGGCUUAUUCUCAUAUGGGACAAGAAAACAAGCAUGUUCAUUAGGCUCAGUCCAGAAUUUAAUGGUCGCGUCUGUGGUCUGUGUGGAAACUACGAUGGCAACACUAACAAUGACUUCACCACAAGAAGCCAAGAAGUCGUUAUUGAUGCCCAGACAUUUGGCAACAGCUGGGCGGUCUCUUCAAGCUGUCCAGAAUCAAUGACUGCUGUGAGCCCAAGUGCUAAUAACCCCCACAGGCAGUCCUGGGCUCAGAGACAGUGUAGCAUCAUCACAGGCACGGUCUUCUCUUCCUGCAAGGUGGAUCCUUCUCCAUUCUAUGAUGCUUGCGUGAGUGACUCAGGUGCCUGUGAUAGUGGUGGAGACUGUGAGUGUUUCUGCACUGCAGUGGCAGCUUAUGCAGCCGCCUGUAAUGAAGCUGGAGCCUGUGUAGCCUGGAGAACCCCAAAGAUCUGCCCUCUCUUCUGUGAUUACUACAACCCACCUGGUGAGUGUGAGUGGCACUACAAACCUUGUGGAGCUCCUUGCAUGAAGACCUGCAGGAAUCCCACUGGGCAGUGCUCUCAGAAGACACCAGCGCUUGAGGGUUGUUAUCCUCAGUGUCCCGCUGAUCAGCCAUACUUUGAUGAAGAUCAGAAGAAGUGUGUGGAGAGAGAGGCAUGUGGCUGUUAUGUAAGAGAGAUUAAAUACAGCUAUGGACAGAAAGUACCCCACAACGAGUCCUGUCAGACAUGCAACUGUACAGCGACUGGGGUUACGUGCCACUAUGACAUCAAUGCAUGCACCUGCAAAAUAAAUGGCCAGGAAUAUCAAUACAAGGCAGUUCUCUACAAUACAACAGACGGGCUAGGUGGUUGUAUGACAGCCAUUUGCCAUGUAAACGGAACAAUUAAAAGGAAACAACGCAGGGACCUCAACGUCAGUUGUGAUUACAUCUGGUCCAACUACUGCAACCACCACAACAAAAGCACCUACAACAACAGCUCAAGCUGA